CAGGGGGAGAAAGAGCGACGUUGCACCGGAGCAGGAAGCUCCCCGGUAUGGGUAGAGCAGCACAACGUCGGCGGCGCACACAGACUGCGGGGGAGCCAGCAGCGUGAUGUAGUGGAGGGAUUAAGCAGCACAGUCGUGCGCGAUAACCCAUGCAACAGAACCGCGAUAGCGCCGACAGACAGCCGAGCCAUGUCGACGGGGGAACAGUAGGAGAGGUUCGCAGGAAGGGGAAAAUGAAGGAGCUGAAGGGAUGCGGUAUGCGCUCUUGCCUGGGCUUUCUGUCCCAGAGACGGCUCCGUGGACAGCCCCUGAUGAAGGAGGACUUCCAGAGACGCAGGCUGGCCGGCUGCACAAGUCUCUUCAAGAAGGACCUGCUGGGACACUUCGGCUGUGUCAACGCCAUUGAGUUCUCCAACAACGGAGGGGACUGGUUGGUGUCCGGUGGAGACGACCGGCGUGUGCUCCUAUGGCACAUGGAGAAAGCCAUCCAUGGGCGCACCAAGCCUGUCAAACUGAAAGGAGAGCACCUGUCCAACAUCUUCUGCCUGGCCUUCGACAGCACCAACACCAAAGUGUUCUCUGGAGGAAAUGACGAGCAGGUGAUCCUACACGACGUGGAGAGGGGGGAGACGCUGAACGUGUUCCUGCACAUCGACGCGGUGUACAGCCUGUCCGUCAGCCCCGUCAACGACAACGUGUUCGCCAGCUCGUCGGACGACGGCCGCGUCCUCAUCUGGGACACCCGCGAGCCGCCGACCGGGGAGCCCUUCUGUUUGGCCAGCUACCCGUCCGCCUUCCACAGCGUCAUGUUCAACCCCGUGGAGCCCCGCCUCCUCGCCACCGCCAACUCCAAGGAAGGCGUCGGCCUCUGGGACAUCCGCAAGCCCCGCAGCUCCCUGCUCCGCUACGGCGGGAACAUGUCCCUGCAGAGCGCCAUGAGCGUGCGCUUCAACAGCACGGGCACCCAGCUGCUGGCGCUGCGGCGCCGCCUGCCGCCCGUCCUCUACGAGCUGCACUCCCGCCUGCCCAGCUACCAGUUCGACAACCAGGGCUACUUCAACUCCUGCACCAUGAAGAGCUGCUGCUUCGCCGGAGACAAGGACCAGUACAUCCUGUCGGGAUCUGAUGACUUUAACCUCUACAUGUGGAAGAUCCCUAAAGACCCUGCGGCUGGCCGGGUGGUGAACGGGGCCUUCAUGAUCCUCAAAGGCCACCGCUCCAUCGUCAACCAGGUCCGCUUCAACCCCCACACCUACAUGAUCUGCUCCUCGGGCGUGGAGAAGGUCAUCAAGCUGUGGAGCCCCUACCAGCAGCCCGACAGCCUGGGGGACCUGGAGGGGCGCGUGGAGGACCGGUCCCGCUCCCUCUACACCCACGAGGAGUACAUCAGCCUGGUGCUGAACAGCGGCAGCGGCCUGUCCCACGACUACGUCAGCCAGUCCAUCCAGGAGGACCCGCGCAUGAUGGCCUUCUUCGACUCGCUGGUCCGCCGCGAGAUCGAGGGCUGGAGCUCCGACUCGGACAGCUACCUGAGCGACGGCGCCAUCCUGCAGCUGCACGCCCGCGGCCGCCGCUCCACGCGCCCCGCCGCCACGGCCGCCGCCGCCAGCGUGGCGAGCGCCGCCGUCGCCGCCGCCGUCGCCGCCGCCACGGCGACCUCCGCCGCCGCCGCGGGCAACGCCGCCUCGUCCUCCGCCGCCGCCGCCGCCGGUCGCCACGGCAGCAACGACAACGCCGCCGGAGGGGGGAGCUCGUCGUCCUCCUCGCUGGUGGGGCCGGACGCCUCCGGAGGGGAGGAGCCGGUGGCGGUGGAGGGGGCGGGGCGUCAGAGGAGGCGGGGCCGGCGGCAGCGGCACCACUCGGGGUUCCUCCUGGACCUGGUGAACGAGGACUCGGACUCCAGCGAGUUCUGGCUGGACCCCAUGCCCCGCCCCCGCUCGCCCAGCCCCCGGGGGAACGCCGCCCUGACCAGCACCCCCAGCUCCUCCCCCUCGGUGCCCGGGGGGGCGUCGUCCUCCAGCUCCUCGUCCUCCAGCUCCUCCUCCUCGUCCUCCUCCUCCUCCUCGUCCAGCAGCGACGGGGGGGCGCAGCAGAGGCAGCGGCUCCGCAACGCCAAGCGCAGCGUGCUGCGCCGCCGCCGCCUGCUGGCCGCCGCGCGCGCCGGCGAGCGCUCGGACUCCGCCCAGGCGCUGUUCUCGGCGCUGGACUCCUGCGGCUACCCGGAGAUCACCGUGGAGGACCCGGCGUCCGCGGGCUCGUCCUCCUCGUCCUCCUCCUCCUCCUCUUCCUCCUCCAGCGGGGAGGAGCAGCGGCGGGCCCGGAGGAGGAGGAAGAGGAGGCGCAGGGCGGGCUCCCGCGGGGAGGACGGGCCCCUCAGCCCGUCGGACUUUGUGUGUUCCAGUCCGGUCAUGUCCCCGCGGAGCCCGGGGGGCGACCUCCUCCUCCUCCACCACCACCACCAGCCCCCCCGCCCGGAGGACGACGAGGAGGAGGAGGAGGGCGGGGGGGGCCCCAGGCCGCGCUCCCGGGCCGGGGUCCGGGUCAGCGGGGCCAACAGGGGGGCCCUGGAGAGCUCGGACAGCAUGGAGGAGUGUGUCGGCGUGCGGGGCGCCGUGAACAUUACCCGGGUGUCCCCGUGCCCCCUGAGCCCCGGGAUGAACGGGCAGCACCGGACACCCCUGUCGGACCUGGGCCCCGGGGGCUCUGCGGGGCCGGACCCCGGGGGCCCCAGGGAGGAGAAGAUGGGAGUCAGGCUCCAGAAGGAGGAGGGCCCCUCCUCAUCCAAAGCCCAAGCACAGAGCACUCUGAAACGGACGUACACCUGCGCCCGGGAGGGCGAGGCGGGGGCUUCCCCCACGGAGAAAAAGACUAAGACUUGAGCUGUUGUUUUUGUUUUGUUUUAUGAGUGAUUUUGAAAUGGCGGUCCUGAAAGUGAAGUUCUGGUUCCGCUAGUGGUUAUGAUGGACCGCCGUACAUUUUAAUUUUGUUGUGUUCAAUUUCAUGAAAUUAGUCCUUGUCUCUGUAAAAAAAAAAAAAAAGAUAAAUAUUGAAAAAAGGAUGCUAAACAAAUUUCUAGUUCUUACUCUGAACAAAUAUACCAGCCUGUGUUUGGUAUAAAGUCACGUACAUUUUUUUGCGAUCACAAUUUUUUAUUUUUUUUUUAAUACAGAUUAACAGACAGAAGUGCGACUAUACUUGCGAAUAGAUACAGAGAAGUGUAUGGAUAAAAAGAAAAGAGAAGAAAGAAAAGGAAAAAAAAUAAAAAUAAAAUAGAAAUGUGCCAAAGGUUACAAGAACUAGCCAGUGUAAACAACAAAAUAAUGCAUCCCUAAUUUGUCAAAACACACAGACCGACAGACAGACAAACCCACACCCACCAGGGAGAUUCUGUGGGUUUACUUAAGCAAGAUUAUGGGAAAGGGAUCACUUUAAAAAUUCUUUCAGAGAAUUAGCGGCAGAGGGCCAGUUGUUUAAAUUGGUCUCAGUAGCCUUAUUAAUCCGAGCAGUUGAAAGUUCAAGAUAAAUUGCAUCCAAAAAGGUGAGGACCCAGUGUCUGAUGACAAAGGCGUGGGGAGGCUUCCAUCGCACCGCAACCAUCUUUUUGGCAGCUGUCAGGCCUGCCAGUGCUAUGCGUAUUUUAAGCUUGGUGAUAUUGAGCCUCGCGAAAUCAUUUAACAGAAGGACCGAAAGUCACUGGUAUUGUUACAGAUAGUAUGUCAGACAUUACGGAUGCCACUUUAGCCCAGAAUCGUGACGGUGGUGGACAAUCCCACAUCAUGUGAAGGAAAGUGCCAGGAGGUUUCAAAGUGCAUAAACUACAGAAGGGAUCAAUUUUAACCUUCACACAGUAGAGUUUGCGUGGCGUUAAAUAUGUUCUAUGAGCAUAAUUAAAGUGAUUUGUUGAUGGUCGGGAUUAUGAGGAGCCUCCUUUAUGUUUAACCACACCUCUCUCCAUUCAAAAUUUGGGACCUGAUCUGGGCAGUCACUUCUCCAUACUCUGUCUAGGGGUAGAUCAACAUAUGAGGCCUCCAAAAAAAACCAUAUACAGUGUGGACCCCAUACCCCUGUUUUUACCCAGUACUGUAAACGAGUUAUACAUUGGAUAAGUAGGCAAAGGUUGUUGCCAUGGGACACUGUGCUUUAAGAGCUGAUCUGAGCUGCAAAUAAAAGAAAAACAAAUAA